AUGAAUGUCACCUUUGUCCACCAAGCCCUCCACAAACAUCUGGUUGCCCUUCAUAUAAGUGGGUCACAAGGCAUCAAAGUAAAAAUCAGAUCGCUGAAAAUCACGGAAACAGCUGUAGCCCGUCUUGCUCUCUCGCUGGUUUUAAAACACUGUUCCCAAGCAGUAACUGAAAACGUCCCACAAGAUAAGCACGAACUUUCUCUAGACGAAAGGCAGCUGGGAGCAGGACGCGUCCACGAGUCCCGAUGGGAACGCGCCCACGCCGCAGCUGGGACUCGGGAGAGGCUAGGGGGACCGCGUGGCCUUGCUGUGGAAGGGACCCGCGCGGGCCCGCCGCGAAGGGGGCCCUGCCUGGCGCGACCUGGGGAGAGCCGGGGCCGGCCGGGAGGGGGUGGGAGGAUCGCCGGCCGCACCCCGCGCGGAACCCCAGGGAACCCGGACUCCAGCCGCAAAGCGGAGGGGCGCCAGCAGCAAUCAGCCACCUCAGGGGCGGCGGAGUCCAAGCCCCUCUCAGCCGGACCGUACCGCCUAAACCCUCCUAGGUCCUCCUUCCUCACGUAUGAGGUCUCUGUACCGAGGCGGCUGGUUCCAUCGCAGCCCCGAGCCAACCCGCCAAUCCCGCAGGACACUAACCGCUCCGGCCGCCGCAGGUUCUCCCGGGACUGCCCCCUCCAGGGGGCCGCUGUCCCGCCCCACGCCGGGGGCCGCCACAGGACGAGUUCUCUAGCUCCAGCCGGGCGAGGCGCCAGGGAGCUCCGAACGUGGCAGGAUCCACUUUUACUUUUCCAGACAAGGGCCGAUGGUUGUGACCUGGCUUCUCGUGAAGUGACUCCCGGCGACAGCAGCGGAGAGGACUACCGAAGCUUGCAGUUGCGGUUUGAAAACUGCAGCCGCGUCUGGGGCAUUGCCGUUCGCCAGAUCCCUCCCCCUAGAGAGGUCAGUGCGAGAGGUGUGAAUAUCCGGAGACCGGGGAGAAGGAGCCGCAAAAUUCGUCCCAGCUGCCUGCGACCAGUUACCAAACUUCAGUGCCUACCAAAGACCUAUUUUCUGACUCUUCUUGAGAGUCUUCCUUAGGACCGGAACCUACCCUGUAAGUGGAGAACCCAGUUUGCUACAACUUGGCAGAGGUUCCUCGGAGUGUCAACAUCAGUUGGGGAUUUAUGGAACCUAGACCCCACUGCUAACGUCCGCUGUCGCGAAUGGUGUCCCUUCUGAGGCAUUGACUGAAGGCAGUGUAGGGAGGGUCCCAAUAGGCUGAAUAGCCGAUUUUGCAUUUAUGGUGCUAAGGAAAAAGAUGAAAGCCCUCAGCAACCUACUCAAGAUGUUAUCCUUUGAAGACAGUGGAAAUUUUCAAAGUUCUGUGCAAGACACAAAUGUUUUACAUAGAUAUAUAAUCCUAGUUUAUAUGUAUAGGAUACACACAUACUCAUACAUAUAUGGGAUUAGUUAUGUAAUCUAGGAUUGCUUUCAGAGGACAUUUACGAUAAUUGCAGAAAACCCUUCCUUGGGAAAGGAUACUGGGAGUGGAGUCGUCCUCUUGCUUUCAAAAGACUUAAUGUUCAGUUAGCAUAUAAAGGACAGGUUUUCUUGUUCUAUCCCAGUAAGCCAAGCAAAUUCCUGUGAAGCUAGCUGUUUCCCUUUCCUACUGCAUUUUCCCCAAGAUAAAGGUAUAGAAUGCAUCACAGCCCUUUUAUGAAGUCUGCUUGUUGUUACUUAGGUUAACUCCUCCUCCCAGUUUAAUAAUGUCUUGCCCCUAAACCUUGUCAAGUGGAGAAUAUUGCUUCCAUCUAUCUAAUUUCUUGUUGCUAACAAUUGGGCUGACUAGAGAAGCCUAAAGUUAGGAUGAAAAUAAAAUACCACACACUGGAAUUAACUUUUCUGGGGUAUAAGAAUCCGUAAGCAAUGAGACUGUUCCCAUCUUUUCUUUCAUGAACAUAGCUGUUGCAUUCCAGACGUCUCAGCACCAGUACCAAAACUAGUAACCUCUUGGGGGUCACAGGAUUACAUCAUUAUGGUGGUUUUGGGGUUGUGUGUUUAACUUUGGACCUCCUUAAUUUCAACAUUUCAUCAAUUGCCAGCUUUUAGCAAUCUUCUCACACUCACCCCAUACUCCCCGUCACUAAUCCAGUCCCAGAUCACUUCACACCUAGGCACACACUUUUCUCUCUCUGGCACCACUGUAAGCCAAUCCUCUUGGUCACAAUACCUCUGCUGUAACCAGCUAGCCUCCUAGGGAUAUUGUCAUGUCUUGCGUUUUCCUGCUUCUGCCUUAGCUCCAGCUUAUCACCAUCCUCCUCAUCCAUACCUGUUCAUCAGUUUCUGACUUUAAGAAGGUUACCUUCUUCAGGAAUCAGAACUCUACUGAUUCCUACUUUCUAUUCCCAGCCUGAUCACCUCUGCCUUAUGUUCUUUGGUGCAGGGCUGAUAGUUUGUGUUUCUUUUAUGACCCUGAAUAGAUUGUUAACCCUUGU